AUGUUGCUAAAGAUUGAGAAAUGCGAAAGUGUAGUUUUGGCUAUUGGCUUAAUUAUCAUAGUAAUCAACAUGUAUCAUGUUGAUGGGCAGCCACAUAGGAUUCUUUUCGAUACAGAUGUUGAUGUUGAUGAUGUGCUUGCAAUAUUGUACAUCUUGAAGCUUGAUAGAUCCAUAUUUGAUUUGCGAGCAAUUACUAUAAAUACAAAUUCAUGGACCAAUGCGGGUCACGCUGUAAAUCAAGUUUAUGACCUUCUUUACAUGAUGGGACGAGAUGAUAUUCGUGUUGGGGUCGGAGGUGAUGGUGGAAUAUUUGAUAAUAGUACUAUUUCGUCGAAUGUCGGUGGAUAUCUUCCCAUAAUUGAUCAGGACUAUGGUACAACGGGAUAUUGCAGAUAUAGCCAAGUUAUUCCUUUAGGGAUGAAAGGAAGAUUAGAUAUCGACACGAAAUAUGGUUAUACGAAAAGCUUUCUUCCGCAGGGCUAUAGACGAUAUGUCCCUCUUGAACAACCUACGACUCAACAAGUGAUGAUAGACACGAUAUCCGCAGGCCCAACAACAAUAUUUGUUACUGGCCCAGCAACCAAUUUGGCAAUAUUCCUAAUGACCAGCCCACAAUUGAAGAAAAACAUCGAGGCCAUAUACAUAUUGGGCGGUGGGCUGAGGCCCAGGACCGCAAACUGCCCCACUUCAUCAUUAUCAUGCCCUACUGGCAAUGUGUAUACGGGUGACAAUACGGCUCCAGAUGCAGAGUACAAUAUUUUCACUGACCCCUUUGCUGCUUAUCAGGUUAUUCACUCCGGAAUCAAAAUUAUUCUUGUCCCGUUGGAUGCAACAGACACUAUGCCCAUUACACCAGAAUUCCUUGAAGAGUUUGAGAAAAAUCAGCAAACCUUUGAAGCACAGUUUUGCUUCAAGAACUUGAAAAUGAUCCGAGAUACUUGGUUCACUGAUAAUUUUUCAACUAUUUUUUUUAUGUGGGACUCAUUUUUAACGGGCAUAGCUACUUCAAUAAUGCUCAAGCACAACAACCCAAAUGGCUGUAAUGAAUUUGCGGAGAUGGAGUACAAGAACAUCACAGUCGUCACUUCAAACAAGCCGUAUGGGAUCUCGGACAGCUCAAAUCCAUUCUUUGACAACCGUGAGAAAUCGAAAUUUAAAUUGACAAAAAAGGGAGUCCACAGUGGCCAUGUUAUAACAGGACUUGGAGACCCAUUUUGCAUCGCUAGAAAUGGGUGCAAGGACGGCUACACACCAGAAGUUACCGAUCCAGAAGGAGUGCGUGUUCUUGUUGCUAUGAGAGCGAAGCCGAACCCUGAUAAAACUAGUAAACUAAAAAAAGCAUUCUACAAACAAUUUCUCGAUGUCAUGAAUCGACAACAUCAAACAGGAAAGUUCAAUUAUGACAAACAAUUUCCUCAAUAUCAUCAAGUUACCAAUAUACCAGAUUUUAAAGGAAGAAAACUAGGAAAACUUGUUGUUUUCGACAUGGAUAUGAGUCCAGGAGACAUUUUAGCGCUAAUUUAUCUCCUCAAAGUACCAGUUGAAGAACUAUAUCUCAAAGCCAUAAUAGUGACGCCAACUGGAUGGGCAAAUGCAGCAACGAUCAACGUUAUCUACGAUUUGUUGCACAUCAUGAAGCGUGAUGAUAUUUUGGUUGGUCUUGGAGAUUUAUAUGCAACUAACCAGACCUAUCCUUAUUUCCCAUCUAUUGGAAGGUGCAAGUAUAGGAGGGCCAUCCCGCAUGGCGCAGGUGGCUUUCUCGACUCAGACACACUAUACGGGUUUGCUCAUUGUUUGAUUAGAAGUCCUCGAAGGUACACAUCGGAAAAUUCCGUAAAACAUGGAGCUCCUCGAGACACCGAACACCCUGAACUAAGACAACCACUAGCUCUUGAAGUGUGGAAUUCAGUUAUAAAAUCCCUAGAUAUCGGAUCCCGAGUAACCAUCUUGACCAAUGGGCCAUUGACAAGUCUCGCGCAAAUUAUUCAAUUGGACAAGAGUCUGUCUUCUCACAUUCAGGAAAUAAUUGUGGUCGGAGGACACUUACGGGGACAGUACUUCAAUGAGUAUGACCAAGGAAAUGUGAUGAACAUUGAUUGUAACAAAUAUGCAGAGCUCAACAUGUUUCUCGAUCCACUGGCCGCAAAGAUAGUUUUCGAGGCGAGCCUCAACAUCACUCUCAUCCCGCUCAACGUCCAGCGCAUGGUAACUGGGUACUAUAGUUGGGCCCUUUCAGCUCUCGAGACACAGGGCACUCCAGAGGCUGCUUUCGCCAGGGAUUUGCUUUCCACAUUGGUUACCUUGAAAAGAGCUCAUAGUAUCUACCGUCAUGUGGAUAUGUUCUAUGGGGAAAUUCUAGGAUCGGUAGUCUUAGCUGGAAACGUUUUGUUUCCAAUAAGGACAAUGUAUUUGGAGAAGAACAUUAAAGUAUUGGCCACAGGCGACGAAUGUACCGAUGGACAGAUGAUUAAUACUAUUAAGGGAAAAGGUAGUGCAGUGAGAAUACUAGCAUGGGCAUCACCAGCUGCUUUUGCCGAUACUUUUGCAAAUCGACUUGGUGACAAGGAGCAAUCUAGUGGCAUACCAAGUUUUUUUAAUAUUUAG